AUGUCCAUUCAUCCAUCAAAUAUCGAUCCAUGUGAUAUACGUUCACAUAAAUUUACUGCACUUUUAUCUGAACCAUUAGGUAAUAAGAUGUUAUAUAAAUUACCCGGUAUAGGACUUAGUACUUUAAAGAAAAUGGAAAAACGUAAACAAAUAUCGAAAGCUGAAGAUUUAUUACGUGAAUUUAUUUAUACACUUCAAUUAGAUCAUGAACAAUUUCGUUUAUGGCUUAUGAAAGAUUAUUCGUUACCAGAAUAUCGAGCUACUGAAUGUGUCAUUGCUUUGAUUGAUUAUAUUGAACAAGCAAACAAAAAUCAUUGGCCUUUACCAUAA